AUGGCGAAAAAGAGGAAGGCAAGCGGCCGUCCGUCGGGCGAGUCAAAGAAGUCAAGGAAAGAAGACUCGCACAUGACCAUUACCAAUUACGAGGAUGUCGCCGAUUCCGAGGACGAGUUCCUCAUCAACCGCGAAAAGAUUUUGCUCGACGAAGGUCCAGCCGCAAAGAAGCUGAGAAAGUGGAAAGAAGAGGACAAGUUCUUGGAGCAAUCGGACGAGGAGGUGCUCGACGAUGGCAUCGACGACGACGACGAUGACGACAGCGGGGACGGUGUUGAAGACGAUAGUGAAGCAGACGCCGAAUCCGAUGACGGAGAACAGCAACAACCUAACGUUGAUGAGGAUGAGUUGGAUGUGGGCGCCUGGGGUGCAUCAAAGAAAGACUACUACAACGCCGAUGCGAUCGAGACCGAGCAGGAUGCCUUGGACGAAGAAGCAGAGGCGCGGCGCAUACAAAAGAAGCAGCUCCAGAGCAUGACCGAGGCCGACUUUGGGUUUGACGAAGAAGAGUGGCUUGGGCGGGACGAGGAAAAGGAUACAGAGUCUGGCGCAAUAGUGACGGAGGUCCUGCCUCAACUUCAGAUCACCGAGAACAUGUCUGAGGAAGAGCGCCUGAAGAUUAUGCGCACACGAUACCCUGAAUUCGAGCACAUUGCGAGAGAAUACCUAAGGCUACAACCGCUGCAUGAUGAAUUAGCUGCGUCUGCCAAAGCGGCUGAACGGCUGCUCCAAAUGCAGGCUGAGAAGACGGGAAAACGGAAAAUCUGGUCUACUCCCAUGGCAAUCACAAAGUAUCGCGCUUGCGCAGCGUAUCUUGCGGCCAUGGCCAUGUACUUCGCUGUGUUGGGGUCUACUGCGAGCAACGACGGCUCACCAGUCAUUGCCUUGGAUCCCGCCGAACUACACGAACACCCCGUGAUGGAGAGUCUACUCAAGUGUCAGAAAAUGUGGACUCGAAUCGAGAGCAUGCCUUUUGCCGAUCCCCUGGUUGACACUGGGAAUGUUGACGAUCUUUCCGUUGUCGAAGAGGGUGGCUCAGAUCAAAAUGCGCCAUCCGAUAUCGAUGUGGCUGACCUCAAGACGAAGAAAAGCAAGACCAAAGCUGAACGAGCGGCGGAAAUUGCCCAAGCAGAAGCAGCAGCACGCCGAGCUGCUAAAUUGGCAAAGGCAGAGCAGGAGCUCGCAUCUCUCGACUCCCUGACAGACAAGGCUGCACUCAAGAAGGCAUACCGCAAGAAGAAGCCCACCGAAGCCAAGCUCAAUCUACUAAACGCGGACGACUCAGACUUUGGUGAAGAGACGGAACUCACCGCACACGAGGCCGCCGAAAAAGCCAAAAAGAAGAAGUCUCUCCGCUUCUACACCUCGCAAAUUGCACAAAAGGCCAACAAGCGCGACGCAGCAGGCAAAGGUGGCGGCGGAGACGCAGACAUACCCCAUCGCGAGCGCCUCAAGGACCGACAAGCACGUCUCCAAGCCGAAGCCGAGAAGCGCGGCCAACACAAGGAUGCUGGCCCUGGCGUGACCCUCGGCGAAGACGACGGCGCAAGCUCUGGCGACGACGCUCCUGCGCCACCGCGCCCCGAGGACUUUGGGGACGAAGACGGCUACUACGACAUGGUAGCCGCACGCUCUGACAAGAAGAAGCAAGCCAAGCUCGAUCGUGCAGCCGCUUACGCUCUUGCCGCCAAGGAGGGAGCCCAGGUUGUCGAGGAAGAAGUGGUGGGAGAUGACGGGCGCAGGAUGAUUAGUUACCAGAUAUCGAAGAACAAGGGCUUGACGCCACAUCGGAAGAAGAGCGUGAGGAAUCCGAGGGUGAAGAAGAAGGAGAAGUACAAGGAGAAGCAGAAGAAGCUCAAGAGUAUGAAGCCUGUGUUUGAUAGCAAGGCUGCUGCGAAGGGGAGCGCGAGCUACGGUGGUGAGCUUACGGGUAUCAAGAAGGGCUUGGUUAGGUCAAGGAAGUUGUAG